CUCGUACGCAGUCUACAUGGCGCAUGGUUGGAAAUCCUUCGACCAGGACACUAGUCGUGGAGUAAAAACGGGCGUUUUCUGACGUACUCCAAGAGCUACAUAACAUAACAUUGAUUAUGUCACAGAUAUGAGACGCUCAAGUGAUCAAGGAUAUCUGUCAUCUCCAUAUGACAAGAGAGUUAUGAAAAGGUGACCCAAUUAAGAGCAAACACAAUGUCUUUCGAAAGCGAGAGGCAGUUCCUGUGCCCCCGGCUUAUAGAUUAUUUGACUAUAGUCGGGGUCAGACCAUCCAACUCAGCCAGGCCAAGUACGAACCCUUCAAUACAGUCACCUGAAUUACUCCGUCGUUACCCGACCGAUGAUCACAAAGAUUUCCCUAUGCCAUUGGAUAUGGUUUAUUUCUGCCAACCGGAGGGUUGCUCCUCGGUUGGACCAAGGAGGACGGCUCUGCGAGAACCUUCCUCUUUUGUUUUCAUGUUAACCGAUAAAGACUCAGGGAAAACGAGGUACGGGAUUUGCGUAAAUUUUUAUAGGCCCAUCGAAAAGGGUCCAGCCAAUGCUCAGAGUCUACGUAGAGGCAGUACCACCCUUCGCAGAGAUUCGUGGAGGAAGAGUAUGGAGAAAAGCUCGGAUUCGGCGUUCUCAAGAUUUUCUAGCGAUUAUAGAAGUAGCAAUGUUAAUCCCAGUGAUUCGGAAAGGGAUUGUACCAGCCGCAGAGAUUCCGAGGUGCAAGGCAAUAAUAUUCAUCCACCUAGGUUAGGUAUAACUGCACCCAGCAAUGACUCAGAAAGCGGCGGAAGUCAUUCCCCUUCACCACGCGCCAGCAGAAAGAGACAGAGAAUUCGUAAUCAUUCAUUAACGUCGCUUUGUCUGCUCUCACAUCACCCAUUCUUCUCGAGCUUCAGAGAAUGUCUGUUCAUUUUGAAGAAACUAAUUGAUGCGUGUAAUGAGUCCUCCAGUCCUCGGAGCGUGGGCGCAUCGCGUCAAAUUGGAAGGGACACUGUUUGGAGUGUAUUAACUGGACAAGCCACUGACGCGACGCCUUCUAUUGUACUCCACGAUGUUAAGGAAAUAGAAACAUGGAUAUUGAGAUUACUAUCUUGUCCCGUUCCCAUUCCAGGCAAAACAAAAGUUUCGUUGGAAGUGCUCUCACCCAGCGUAUAUGAACCAUUGGUUUUUGCGCUUCCGGAUCAUACUAGGUUUAGCUUAGUCGAUUUCCCAUUGCACCUACCUCUAGAACUACUAGGAGUAGAUACGUGCUUAAAGGUAUUAACACUGAUCCUCCUGGAAAAUAAGGUUGUACUUCAAUCUCGGGAUUAUAAUGCUCUUUCCAUGUCUGUGAUGGCUUUUGUAACGAUGAUAUAUCCAUUAGAAUACAUGUUCCCGGUCAUUCCGCUACUCCCAACUUGCAUGAGCUGCGCUGAACAGCUGUUGUUAGCACCGACUCCUUUCGUUAUCGGUCUCCCGGCUAGUUUUCUGAUGUACAAAAAGAACUUUAGACUUCCGGAUGAUAUUUGGUUGAUCGAUUUGGAUUCGAACAAGUUGAUAUCUCCUGCUGAAAUACCACCUCUCCCAGAGCCCGAGGGAACCAUACUAAAAAAUCACUUGAAACAGGCUAUGCAACUUAUGGACCAAGUGGGCAGUGGUGCAUUAACUGGACUAUCAACUCCCACGGCUGCUGCAUCUAAUCAGCUUAUGCCGUCUCGAAGGGAGAGCAUACCCACGUCAAAUACAUUAAGUGUAUCUUCUCAUCGAAAAUCGCCGGAUAUUUCUCCAUCUCAAACGGGACAGCAGCAGACGUUCUCGAACCAUCGAAGUUCUCCGGUCGUGUCCCCUAGGUCGUCGCUAUCUCCGACACCCCAACCAUCUGCAUUUAAUCCAUUUAUUUAUGGAAAUGAUGUGGAUUCUGUUGACGUAGCUACGCGGGUGGCUAUGGUGAAGUUUUUCAAUUCGCAAAAUCUUCUCGCCAACUUCAGCGAACACACAAGGACAUUGAGAUUAUAUCCCAGACCCGUGGUGGCUUUUCAAAUAAACAGUUUCCUGAGAUCUCGCCCACGAGCGUCACAAUUUCUUAACAGGUUUGCUCGUACGCAAGCAGUAGAAUUCCUUGCGGAAUGGUCUUUGACGCCGAAUAAUGUGGCUUUCCAACGAGUGCAUACCGGCGUCCUGGAUCCUUCGCAAAUAGGAGACAAGCAGAAAUGGUAUUUGCAUACUUUGGAUCCUAUUAAAUUCGUCGUUUGGGAUGAUGGCAGUUCACUCAACGGUGCACUAAGAAGUCUACAGAACCAAGAGCAUCAGCCAACGGAUGAAAGCGGAUCUGAUUCUGAAGGAGGCGAGAGCACAAGCUCCAGCUAUUCAUCUCUAAGCGAUUUUGUUUCAGAAAUGGCUUCCUCUGAUCUUUCGCCAGGUUAUUCCACGUCUUACCAAGAAGCUAGAAAAUCUGCACAAAAAAUGUCUCUCUCAUCGAACCUGGAUCCACUUUCAAUUUACAAACCUCCAUCAGAAUUACUGUAUCCCGAAGGUGAAUAUCCCGAUGACGAUAGACCAGGUUCUGCUCAGUCUUCAUCGAGCACUUCGCAAUCAGAUCUCAGUUCACCAUCGUUCAAUCGUGAUUCCGAGUUUGAGUUUGGUAAAAAGGCAGAAACGCAGGCCGUCGUUAAAGACGAAUGCGGCAGUUUAGAAAACGAAUCGGAUUCGAAUUCUACCACGACACCGAAAACUAUCGUGAGUACAUCAAUUAAAACAGAAUCACCAGGGAGCGAUCUAGAUCACCCGUCCACUCCGAGAAAAACUCGCUCUGGUAGAUCCAUAACGCCAGUACCACCAAUUAGUCCAUGUUUGCAGAGACAGCCUAGUGUAGGGAAUGUUUUGGCCAGGACUUCGAGUUUUGGUUCGUCCGGUAAUGGUAGCCCUAUUCCACAGAGCAGUGGCGUCACAAGACAAAGUUCUCAGGGAUCUCUUUUGGAACAGUUUGCUUCGCAGGCUAAAGAAUUAGUUCGGGAAACUACUCGCCAAAGCAGUCAGGAUGGAAUUUUAGCUCAAAUGGAUAAAUUAAAGAUUCAAGCUAAAGGUAAAUUGAACGAAGCAGAAGAAAGCCACUUAUUCGCUCCAUUUGAUAAAUUAACGAGCCAGACUAAAAAAGCAGUGGAAGGAGCAUCUAAGAGUAUGCACGAAGCUAGUAAAAGCGCCUUGGAAGCUAGUAAGACAGCGGCGGGAGUUAGUAAGAACACAAUAGAGGAUUUAACUUACGUGGGCAAAUCCACAUUUGACGAUAUUACAAAAAGCGCUAAAGAGGCAGUCAAUAUGAAAGGAUUACUUAGGGGAGAGACACAUUCCAAACCGGAUGAGAGGAGAAGUUCUACAACAAGCACAUCAUUAGUUCAAGCGAGCUCAGGCCUGCUAACAGGAACUAGUCGUGAUUUCUUUUCGAAUAUUAGUUCCGACUUGAACGGAAUUGCGGCUUCUACGUCAUCCAUGUUUUCAGACUUGUUUGGUAAUAAAGGUUCGCAAAAAUCGAGCUCUCAUAGCCAAACAUCUCAACAACAACAACAAAUGCAGCAAAACAAAAAGGACAAUAAAACUGGGGUGUUUGGUCCAUUCCCCAGAGGCCCAAAGGGAUUGGUUGAAAAGAGUCCAUUGAUUAAACACAGCCCACGUAGACAUGAUGAAAUACAAAGGAAGCAAUCAAUUGAUAGAACAACAACGAACACAGAGAAUCAAGCAUUCCUGAAAGACGUUGUAAAUCAAGUGUUAGAGGGUGAAGGUGUGGGCUGGCUGAAACUAAAUCGACUGAAAAAGUUAAUGGAGGAUGAAUCGUACCGUAACUUUGUGCUCAGUAAACUGAAUAAAACGUUAGAGAGAAAGAUUGCGCCAGACGAUCAUAUAGAUGAUGUGUGCGUACCGAAGGCUGUAUGGAAGGGAAUGUUGAAAACACUGCAGGCAGCGAGUCACGGUUUGGAAGUGACAUUUAGUAAUUACGGAUUAGGUGGAACAGCAUCAGCAUUUCAACUACACGAAAUUGCUCAUACGCAUUAUUGGACAAAGGAUAUAAGCGACGGCUCAGUAACAGACAUAACAACUCAGAGUUCAAGUCCGCGAUCGCCACAAAGUCCUCGUUCAUCGAUACAGUUGGAUUGGGAUUCAAGAAAAUCAUCUCAAGCAGAAGCUCCUGAGGUACGACUGAUGCAAGCUGAAGAUGUCGAUGGAGAUGGACAACAUUCAACGGCCGAAAUGUUUAAGGACAUGCUGAACCAGAAGAAGAACAUGCUCCUGAAUAAACUAACAUCUUUCGAUUCAGACGCUGAAGGGACAGUGCAUGGUUCUGGUGGUACUCUUUCACCAGGGGGUUCUAUAACAACGGGUCCCGCUUGCGGUUUAAAUAGGGGUGGUCCUCAGGCUUCCUUCCGGUCAACGGUUUCAGAUACGGAGGUAGAAACGUUACAGUUUCCGAAAAUUCCAAAGCAGCGUACCUCCAGCGUUUGGUCCAGUAAGUCUUCUUUAAGCACUGGUUUUCGGUAUCACGGGGGUCACAUGGUUAACACGGCUGCGACCCCAUCGCCAGAUGUGGCUAGGACUUAUCUGUUUGAAGGUUUAAUUGGUAAAGAGCGAAGCGGAUUAUGGGAUCAAAUGCAAUUUUGGGAAGACGCAUUUCUUGACGCCGUCUCUCAGGAAAGAGAUAUGAUUGGAAUGGACCAAGGGCCAAGAGAGAUGAUGGAAAGAUACAAGGCUCUUAGCGACACGGAAAGAAAGCGUUUAGAGCAUGAUGAAGAUAGAUUACUUUCAACGAUGCUGUAUAACUUGACAGCAAUUUUGGUGAUGCUCAAAGUGAACAAAGCGGAAUUAAAAAGGAAAAUCAGAAGGCUUCUCGGUAAAAGCCAUAUCGGUUUAGUUUACAGCCAGGAAGUGAAUUUACUUCUAGACCAAAUCAAUAAUUUGCACGGAAAUGAUAUUGAUUUGAAACCAUUAGGCUCGCGAUUGUUGCAUCGCCAGAGCUUCACUGUACAUCAGGGCGUUGAUCAGGGAGGCGAAUUAAGGUUCUUGGAAGUUCGUGAUGAUGGUCUAGUAUUGCGUUCGGUUUCUGGGGUAAUAGUUGAGAGGUGGUGGUUCGAGAGAUUGGUAAACAUGACGUACAGCCCGAAGAAUAAAGUGUUGUGUUUGUGGCGUCGGAAUGGUCAGCAAACACAAUUGCACAAAUACUAUACGAAAAAGUGUAAGCAAUUGUAUUAUUGCAUCAAAGAUGCGAUGGAAAGAGGAGGCGUAGCAGGUACCGCUCCUGAGUUAGGUGGCGAAUUUCCGGUACAAGAUAUGAGCACAGGUGAAGGUGGAUUGCUGCAGGUUUGCAUGGAAGGUGUGGGUUUGCUCUUCGCGAAUAGUAAGGACUUUGAGUUCUUCGUCCGUAUUGAUCACAUAAGGAAAUGUUUUACACAAAAAGGAGGCAUAUUUGUAUUGGAAGAAUUCAAUCCCAAAACGAGGCAAGUCAUCCAAAGGAAAUACAAGUCUUCAAUGGCGGAUCAAAUCUGCUACGCGGUUCUCUGCGUCUUCUCCUACGUCGCCGCCGGAUCGGACAAGAGAUUCCAGCUGCCACCGAAACCAACAUCAUCGGUCACGACACCAACAGUGACAGCGCCGCCACAAGAACCACAGCCUCCUCUCCAAAUACCGCAACCGAUACCGCCUAAGUCGAUUCCCGUUCCACAGAACAUUCCUCAACAAUUACCUCCUCCGCAUAGCCCUGAGCCCGGAACGGUUACACCCGUAGGAGGACCACCUUCGUAUCCACCACCGGCUCUUCCUCCAGGUGUACCACCACCAGCAGCACCGCCAGGAAAGGUACUUUACAGCAGACCAUCAGUUCCACCGCCGGUUCCCAGCAGGAAUUUACCACCAUUCUCACCGCAACCGCCGCCCCGUCCAAAGUGACGACGAGGCGGCAGAUAUUCGCUACCUUUCAUCUACGGCGACGACGCAUCCUGCAUGAUUCCAUCUUGCAUACCAUGGAAUAUGAGAAAUUAAUAGCAUUUACCAUCAUCGUUCUUAAACAAUCUCACAUACACAGUAUUAAUGAAAGAUAUUACGUAUUCAAUUUCUUGAAACUAAAAGAAAAAUGCUCUAUCUUAGAAAAUUUAUUCAAUGUUACACUAGACCAAAUUAUUAUA